GCCUGGCCUCUGUUAUCAGCUGAUUGGGAGCUGCUAGCGCAGCAAACGCGUUAUCACUCCACAUUAAUAACAUGAAGAAGACACCAGGCGAAGACAGGCUGCUGGGGAGGUAACAUCCCUGACAAGACCACGGUAGGAGUAUAUCCCAUCAGUGGAAAGCAGGAGGACUUUGCUCUUGUUGGAUCUCCAGUCAUCCAUCACCUUUUCCUCUUGUAUGCCAACUCCAUCUGUAAGGCCAGUUUCCUGACAGUGUAACCAUGACGACUGGCGGGUGUUGCCACCUGCCCGGCUCUCUGUGUGACUGUGCCAGCAGCCCCGGGCUGUGGAAGAGUGUGGAGGAAGCGGGUGGUGAUGGGUGCCAGGCGCUCUACGUCACCCAGGUCACAGCCAUAGAUGGACGGCUGCUGUCUUCUGUGCUCAAACCCAUGAGUGUACAAAGUGAUGGUCCCAUCUGUCGUAUUUGCCAUGAGGGAGGCAACGGCGAGGAUCUCCUGUCCCCUUGUGACUGCACGGGCACGCUGGGCACCGUGCACAAGAGCUGCUUGGAGAGGUGGCUGUCGUCCUCCAACACCAGCUACUGCGAGCUCUGCCACACAGAGUUCAGCAUAGAGCGCCGGCCCAGGCCCCUCACAGAGUGGCUGCAGGACCCUGGUCCUCGUAAUGAGAAAAGGACGCUGUUCUGUGACAUGGUGUGUUUUCUGUUCAUCACGCCUCUGGCAGCCAUCUCCGGCUGGCUGUGCCUGCGGGGCGCCCAGGAUCAUCUUCAGCUGGGGAGCUGGCUGCAGGCCGUGGGCCUCAUAGCUCUUACUAUCGCCCUCUUCACCAUCUACGUCCUCUGGACUCUGGUAUCGUUCCGAUAUCACUGUCAGCUCUACUCUGAGUGGAGAAGAACCAAUCAGAAAGUACGUCUUCUCAUUCCUGAAAACAAGGAGUCUAAUUCUUCCCAGCAUUCCCUGCUCUCUAACAAACUAGUGAAGAAGUCAGCCAGUGAGAGUAUAGUCUGAGACCAGAUCAAGAGAAUAAAUGAGAACUUAUUCUUGAAACAUUGGACCGGCAGGUUAGACUUCAGAAGCACUUGGUCCUUUCCUUUUUUUUGUUUGUUUGUUUUCUUUGCAUAUUAUUCCUCAUUGCCUCUUUAGAAAUGCUUCUGGGUGCAGAACAAGCACAUGUAAAUGGAGUCUGCCUGCGCACUUGUCGGGUGUCGACCAAGCUGAUGCAAAGGCCCUCAAGAACGGAUGAUACUGUCUCAUCAGCAUGGACACAAUUGGCCAACCGUGACAGCAGAAUAAGAGAUGGACGAGGUCACCAGUUGAGAGGACUUCACACGUUUAACAGUCAUGAUUUGUGUCAUGAUUUGUUGCAUAUUUCAGUGACAGUAACCGCUGCAUGCAUGCAGCAUACGUGCACUUACCGACUAAACCACAUGACCACAUACUGCUGUGUGACGGACAAAAGGAGGGGGGGGUCGACAAUUGAUUUUCAUUUCACAAAUCAAUAUUGACACAUGCAGUCUGGGAACUGGACCUUCAGAUUUUCUUUCUCCAGCGGGUUUUAUACCUGGUAGCUGCAUAACUUGAGUGGAAGCAGAGAUUUCUGGUUAAGAAAAAAAGCACUGUGGACAUGAAUGUCAUUGCAGCGCACAAAAAACCCAACCUCUACCAGCAUGCACAGUUAUGCAUGCAGGCAGCACUGUUAACCACUCUUGAGGGAUAUUUUUACUGUAUUUUUUUAACUCACGAAUGAAUGACUGGAUUUUUGUAUUCCUGCUGAGGCAGACUAGAGCAGGGUCCUCGGUGAAGCUCUUGUGUCAUCUGCCUUUAACAAGCGUUUAUAUAGAUAAACUAAAAAAAACUUCCAAAUGGCUUUUUCAAGAAACAUUUCCACCAGUGUUUUGUAGGUGGCUGCCACUGUGUACUAAAGUAUAAUUCUUAUUGCCUGUAAAAAUGCUUAAUUGUUGGCUUUUGAUUGUUAAUUUGCACAUUGUUGUAUUUGUCUAUUUUUUUGUUUGUUUUUGUAUCUUUAUUUUUCACAGCUACAGCAAUCAGUGAGUCACAGACGUCCUGCAGUCUUUUAUCACGCUCCUUUAAAAGCACGUCUCUCUCUGUGCUGAAGACGUCUCGGAGUAAAAACGCUUCCCUUUCUUCAGUACAGUCUGGUGCAGCUGCUGAACAAGCUGAUCUCCUGACACAAAAACACAAACAAUUUAAUGUGCCUGGUAUCCAGAUUUAAAAAGUGGUCCAAGUUUGAACAUUUUGUCACUUAACUCAGUUUGGGUUACGAGGAAAUGGUUCAUUUCCUUUCAGGGACACGGUGGUCUGUCUGUCUGCAGGAAGGCGAUCAUGAAGGCUACUGAAACAUUUUGUUGUUGUACUGAAAAUAAAUUCAGUGUUUAAAAAGGAAAAAACAAACCACUUUUUUUUUUUUUUUAAACAUUUCUAAAUCUCCAUUUCAAGAUAACUGCAGGUGGCAAAUGAAGAGCCCUGUUUGAUUGUUCACACCAGCCUGAGUUAUUUGCAGGUCUGUAUUUCAGGUUCAGUUUGUUGCCAUGCAAACAUGAAUAAAAUUGAUUCAUUACCGAG